AUGGCCGAAGCACCCUCACAAGUGCGACAGAACUAUGAUAGCUCCUGUGAGGAUGCAGUCAACACCCAUAUCCGGCUGCUGCUCUAUGCUUCCUAUGUGUACCUGUCUAUGGCCUUCUACUUUGACCGUGAUGACGUAGCCCUGGAGAAUUUCAAGCGUUUCUUCCUGAGCAAGUCACACAACUGCAAGGCCACUGUGGAGAUGUUCGUGUUCCUGCAGAAUAAGCGUGGUGGCCAUGCUAUUCUGCCCAGCAUCGCGAAACCAGACCGCAGCAGCUGGCAGGGGGGCCUCCAGGCCAUGGAAUGCUCCUUCUGCAUGGAGAUGACCAUCAACCAGAGCCUGCUCGACCUGCACAAGCUGGCCAAGGGAAAGGGUGAUGCUCACCUCUGCGACUUCCUGGAGCAGCACUGUCUGGAAGAGCAGGUCAGUGUCCUCAAGAAGAUGGGUGGCUACCUGACCAACCUGCGCCAGAUGGGGGCACCGGAGAAAGGCUUGGCCGAGUACCUCUUUGACAAGCUCAGCCUGCCCUGA